UCAUUUUUGUAAUGGAUCAGUUGGUGGUAAGCUGGUCGCCUUUCAUCCGUCUGAGAGACUCGUGCGCUGUGUGAAUCGCUGUGGGACAAUGACAACGGCCUAAAUUUCCGUGUGCUGGUGCCUGCGUAAAAAACUGAGUAAAAAUGAGCUUGUGAUGUGCUGGUUUAUUGGUGUUAUAUAAUGCACUCUCUAUUAAUCACUGGACGAUUGUUAUCACGAGCAAUUUGGAAUGGAAUCGCGAACAUUUCAUCUGCCUCAGACCCGAAUAUUCAAAGAAAAACUGACCCGUACCUAGUGUCGGCCGUCUGUGGCUUUUCAAAGGAGAGAAAAAUCCAAAGACUGAUCAAGGGACAGUUCGGCGACGAUGCCUGGUUCACUGCGAAAUAUAAAUCCGCUGAUGUAUUGGGCGUGGCCGACGGCGUGGGAGGUUGGAGGGCUUACGGCAUCGACCCGGGGGAGUUUUCCCUACACCUGAUGAAGACCUGCGAGCGGUUGGUCAAGUUGGGACGAUUCACGCCGACCAACCCGUCGGAUCUUCUAGCCAAAAGUUACUACGAGCUGCUACACCAUAAGAAAGCUAUUCUAGGCAGCAGCACGGCCUGCGUGGUCCUCCUCAACAAGGAGAACAGCACGCUGUACACGGCCAACAUCGGCGACAGCGGGUUCAUGGUUGUGAGGAGAGGGCGCGUGAUCCGCCGCUCCGAGGAGCAGCAGCACUACUUCAACACGCCCUUCCAGCUGUCGCUGCCGCCGCCCGGAUACCAGCAGGACGUGCUCAGCGACAGACCGGACGCCGCCAUCACGGACAACUUCGCCGUGGAGGACGGCGACGUCAUCCUCGUGGCCACGGACGGCGUGUUCGACAACCUGCCCCAGAACCUCAUCGUCAACGAGCUGGUGAAGGUGCAAGGUGAACGAUGUGCUAGUCGCCUCCAAAUGGUAGCCAAUUCGAUAGCGUGGAUGGCCAGGAAUCUCUCGUUCGAUGAGACCUUUAUAUCACCCUUUGCUGAAAGUGCUUUCGCUAACGGUAUUAAUACAAUAGGUGGAAAGCCGGACGACAUCACUGUUAUACUAGCAACGGUUGCAAUAUGAAGCCUUAGAACACUGCUUAAACUUACCUUGGCAGGCAACACCACACGACAACGUAGGAAGGCUUCCUCAGUGCGCUGUCGUAACAAUUUUUUUUUGUGGGAAAAAAAUAUAAACCGUUUAUUUUGUGUAUAAGUCGCUUACAGAAAUGUUUUAAUUUUUAUCAGGACUGUGCUUGAGAUGAGUUGGUGCUCUGUUAGUACCGUCUGUUUAUAUACAAUGAUUUUUUUACGUAGUAAAUUUGAAGAAAUAAUAAAAACCGAUCAGAGCAAAUAAACAAAGACAGAACAGUCACUUUCGAAUUAAAUGACUAGAAAAUGGUAAUAUCAGUCAGAGUUAGGGAUGAAGAUACUAGAUGACGCCUCUCCAUUAAAAUCCCUGUUAACCUCGACAGGGAUUCUGUGACAGAGUCGCCAUCUAGUAUUGCCAUUCCUAAGUUGGACUCGAGUGGUUGUCGCCACAUUUCAUUUUGUUUAAAUCCUUAGAAAAAAACAGACUGUAUCAAGCAGUGUCUCCAUAAAAAUUGUUCGGAUUCCUUCUCAAGGCUACUUUAAUUUUGUCUAAUAAAUUAUCUUAAGAUUAGGACGAGAAAUUUCUGCAGCGCUGCCGUAACGUCACGAUCCGGAUAUCAUAGAUUGCGACUCGCCGUUUGACGUUUUUUUCGUGACGGAACGAGAGCGCUGUCGAAAUAUCCACGUCCUACCAAAGGCUGUUGUCCGGCGUGUUUUAACAGGCCCGGGAGUCCCGCAUCGGACGGGUCUCGACGGAAUUAGACGAAUUCAUCACCGGGUGCCCAUCGAGGCUCGCCGUUUUGGCGGGCGCUCCCGGGUUAAAAGGUGAUCGUAAAACCAAAUGACUUGUCGACCUAAUAUUUAGGUUUAAAAGAACUUGCGUUUAAUUCUUGAUGUAUACUCAACAGAACACUUGUUUCUUUGCAGGUUUUUUUUAGUUAAAUAAAUAGUUGUUAUCGAGA